AUGAGCGGAUUACUUGGUAGUAUCACCAGCACAUUAGGACGAUUGUUCGAAAAUCUCUUACCAAGCUGGGGAGACCCGGCACCAGUACCACCUGAGAAAACCGAACCUUCUGAGCCACCAGAACUAGAAGCUGAGCCAGAGGCGGAGUCAGAGGGACAAAACUUAUCAAUAUCGAGAAUAGCCAUGUUUGAGGAUAUUGCAGACCAAAUCAGUGAUGUAUACAGAAGAGAGUUGGUACGCUUAGAGGGAAUAAAAACGAAGAUAGUUCUCAUAGCUCAUAUGUAUCGAUUUGUGCCAGUAGGAAGAUUUCAUAAUCCUCGAAUAGAUCAAGACAUAGCUUUUCCAAGUGAAAUUUUGGAUACUAUUCGCCAGGAUAGAAUAGAUCAAACAGUCUCACGACAAUACCAUGAAAUCUUAGAUAAAAUCGAUGAAAUGGAACGUAAUCAACAUUCGGGCUGGACUUAUGAAUAUGGAAUAAAAAUAUUUCUUGAAAUAAGCGCUUAUCAACCAUUCCGAGGUAGAUCACAUUUUGCAUUACCAAAGAUUUGGGCAAAACCUCAGUUAGGAAUAAUCAAUCCACAAAAUACGGAUGAAAGAUGUUUCGAAGCCUGUUUAAAGGCUUAUUUAGCUAGUGAGGAGGCUCGUAGACAGGGAACCAGAGCAAGAAAUCUUCAUGAUGUUGGAAGAUUAUAG